AUGUCUUCAGUGGCACCCACAAUAAAACCGAUUAAGAGUGACGAGCCCCUCGUUGCAGUGCUGGGCCGCCCGUUAACGAUCUCCGUAUUUGUCGAAGCCCGCCCCAAGCCCAACGUCAAGUGGCAAAUCGGGAGGAAGAGAGUUAAAGAAUCAGCAAAGUAUCAUCUGAAAUGCGAAGAGGUGAAAGGCAGGUAUGAUCUGAUCGUUCAGAAAGCUACCGAAGAUUUGAAUGAAGGUGUGUGGGUCGUCGCAUCGAACCAGGCGGGCGAAGAUUGCUGCCAUUUGAUUGUUCAAACUAUUGCUGCUAGUAACAGUAAUCCGUCUUAUGUUGACAUCACCAAUGAGAAUGUGACAAUAACUGAAAAAGAGGUUCACGUUAGUGAAGAUGAAGACUCAAUUAAAAUAACUGAAAAACAUAGAACAGUCAAACACAAAAGAACUAUAUCAAUGACGGAAAUAAACUCAGAAAAUUUGGACAAAUACUUAGGCAUCAGUGAAGUUCCUAACAUAUCAGUUGAAACAAAUAUCAAUGUACCUAAAAGAAAAAUAAAAAAUGGCGUAGAUAGAAAAUUAAAUUCAUCAGAAUCUGUCUCUGAAACUAAUCUCGAUGACCCUUACAUAAGACUUCCUAAAAAGGUAAAAAACAAACAGCCAAAAGAUGUAAAUCAACUUAAAGAUGAGAACAAUAAUAUAGACGUAGAAAAACCACCACAGAAACAAAGCAGUAUUAAAAAGCCUAAAUCAAACAACAACAACAACAACAACAACAACAACAACAACAACAACAACAGUGAAGCAUUAGGUCCACCUCUUAAGAACGAUGAUGUAAAAAUUAAGAUAAACGGUCCAAAAAAUCAUGAAAUGAUUGAAACGGAUUUAGAUAAAUUUGAACAGACAAGCAAAAAAGAAAUGGCGAAAAGGAAAAAUAACAAAAUUGAGGAUGAAGAUGAUGAGGAAGAGGAGAUAGAUGAAAAAGAAAAAGAAGAGGAAGAGAAAAAAAAACAUAAAAAUGCCAAGCAGGAUGUUUUGUGGGAAAUUUACGGUAAAAAUGUCAUAGAACUUUGCAAUGAAAUAUUGAAGAAUUAUGACUACGGUUAUGUUGAAGAUACUGAUGAAAAUGAAAAAGAAAGCAGUGAGAACCAAGGAGAAACAGCUGAUGAGGAAGAAAAGGACGAAACAAAAGAAGUGGUUAAUGUGAAAAACAAAAAUGACGACAAAAAAGUCGAUAAAAUGAAUGAUGAAAACACAACUGGCGAUAACAAAAAAAAUAAAAUUGUCACAAAUAACGACAAAUCUGAUGAGAUGACAAAUAAAUUAGAAAACAAACUGCCAAGAUCUUUUUCAAAUUCUAAAAAUUUUUCUGAUGAAAAUGUUCAUGUACCAGACAAACAAUCUAGCGCAGCUCCAAAAGUCACACCUGAUCAAAUACAGAUAAAUAAAGUUUACACAAAGGCGGAAACAGAUCAAACGGAGAAGAACGAUGAUUUUAAUAAAAAUGGACAGAUUGAUAAAAAUCCUUCCAAAGAUGACGCCCAUGCCAACGAUAAUUUGAAAAAAUUGUCCACGAAACCGGCUGUUGAUCCAGUUGAAAAGAAACCAAUACUAAAUACAAAACCUGCAACGAACGAUUCAAAUAAAAACAAUGAACUCAUAAAAGAUGUAAAAGUUGAUUCAAAGAAACCAGAAGACAAAACACUCAUUAAUGAUAAUUCAAUUAAAACAACUCCAAACAUAGCAACAGGUCCAAUACGAAAAAGCACAGCUGACGUAAAAGCAGAUGAAACGAAUAAAGACAAGGAUGUAAACAAAAAUUACCCCAAAAAAUUUGAAAACAAUGAACCCACCAGCGACAAUUCAAAGCCAAUAUCACCGCCAAAAAAUGAAAAUAAAACGCUCAUUAAAGAUGGUUCAAUUAAAACAAACCCAAACAUAACAACUGGUCCAAUGCAAAAAACCACAGUUGACCCGAAAGCAGAUGAAACGAAAAAAGACAGUGAUUUAGGUAAAAAUGACCCCAAAAAAUCUGAUAACAAAAUAUCCACUAGCGACAAUUCGAAGCCAAUAUCACCGCCAAAAAAUGAAGAAGCUGUGACCAUUUUGAAAGGAAAUGAUGGGAAGCCAAAAUUUUACAUCAACAAAAUUGACAACGUUCCUAUCGUUCCCAACCUUGCCCUUGUAAUGCCAAAAAAACAUUUUCCAUUUAAACCUCAAACAGACUUUAACACUGGCCCUCUAGUAACAACCAAACCACCACCCCAUCUGCCAACCGCCUCUGCUGAUCCCAAACCAAAAGUGCUGACAACGUACGUUGUUCAUAGGAGGUAUCCAAGCUACAGGAACCUCUUGGAAGCCAACAUGAACAUGAGCACGAGUAAGAAACAUACGCCCAGACAGUAUCCAAACACGCCUCGUCAGCAGAAAAAACUUGAUAAGAGUAGAAGCAGAUCAGUCGAUCUUUUAAACAAAAAAGCUGACAACGACGAUGAUGAAAAUGCUGACAUUUCACAAAACGAACGUUCCUGGGAUGAAGCCAACACGUUGCCGUCUAGACCGAAGUCAACUGAUUUCUACGUGAAAACAAAACUUCUUCCCUCUCGCAGUGAAGAACUGUUGGUCAUAAAAGGUUCAAGACUGAGACCGAGCCGAUUAGAUGACAGCGGCAGUAGGAACGAUCUGUUUAGAAGUUACCAGAGUUUGAAUACAGACAGUGAACACGGCAGUGUUAGUUCGAAAAUGGGCAAACGAACAAUGAGCAGGGAGUGGGAAAGAGUGGUGGUUACCACUACUGAGGAAACCUUCCUGGUCUCCAAAGAUGAUGAUGGCAAAACAAAAAUUGUGAAACAACCUGUAAAAGUUUCGACUGAAACUUCAACAACAGAUUUCCGCCCAACAAAACCUGACCUGACAAAAGUCGAAAAAGGCAGUGGACCGGAUAAAUGCUACGUGGGAGCCUUCCAGUCGUCAAAUGCGCAGAUGCACAUAACAGGCUCCUCGCAGACGCCUAUCGUAAUAACAGCCGAUAAAAACAUGGGUCCAGUCACUUUGAAAUUCGUUGACGGAUCUGUUGGAACAGAGGAUUUGAAAACAAAUGCAAAGUCCAAAACAGUUACAUCGGAAAUUGGAAUAGGGACGGAUGCAAAAAAAGUAACCACAGUUGGCAGGAGCACUGAAGCCAAGCCAAGCACUGGAUUUUCAAGCCAGCAGACUGAACCAGUUAUAAUAAGCAAGUAUCCAACAAAACACAAUGAUAGUUCAACACAGACGGACAAAGAAAAGGAGAAGGACAAAGACGAAAACGUGAUACCAGUAACAAUAACAUCGGAAUAUCCCGUUAUAAACUUGAUCCCAGUAAAAGAGGAAGUGAAGCCGCAAGAGUACAUAACUUCAGCUGAAUCGUACGAAUAUGGUGAGAUCAUCACUUUCUACGAUGAAAAUUCUGAGAAAGGGAAAGAGUUCGCAAAACUAAGAAAGAAAGAAUACAAAGAUAAACUGAAACCGUUGUUCAGCAUUGAACAUCUUAAUGCGUUAAAGCCAAUAAACUUCAGAGAAACUGAUAUUACAAGUUCUUCUUCAAAUGCAAAGCCAGGCGAAAUAGAAACGACGCGUUUUCAGACUGUACUCGAGGCAGACAAGCCAUCAAAAAAUGUUAACAGCAAAGAUAAUCUUGUGAGUUUAGACUUAAAUUAUUUUAAUAAUAAAUUAAAUAUAUUUGACGUAACUCCUUCAAAUCUAGAACAAGGUGCCGCGGAUUUAAAUGAGUCAAAAGAAUCGGAAGCAGAAGCAACUUUGAACGAUCAUGAGCAGAAUUCAGAUUUGAUGGAUUUUUCAACUGACGACGACUUAUUAACCUCUACUAACAUUUCAUUUUUUAAUCCCAAACCAUCUUUGAUUGAAAACACUGACUUGAAACCUUCGUUAAGAUAUAACUCUAACACUUUCAAAUUUCAAAAUAAAAAGCCAGAUUUGCUGCUUACUAGCUUUGAAUCUAACACAAACGAGCAAGAUAAUUUGACCCAGGCGGCGCAUAACCCAUCGGAAGAAAUUGUCGAGGAGAUGAUAAACUCUCUGAGCAACGGUAGCAACGUAUCAAUACAUAACAAUUCGUAUGAUAAAUUGAUAGAGUCAGUUAACAACAAACGAUGUAAGGACAAAUACUAUGGCCCAAUGAACAACUUCACAUGGGAUUUCCUGAACCGAGAACAGUCGCAGGAGUUGAAGAGGAGAAUGAAGUUGAGUCCCAUGGAUAGCAAACGCAUCCUUCUCAGUAACGCAGACCUUUGUCAGACCAUCUGUCAAGAUUUUGGAGAUUCUGUCGACAAAGAUGAUCACAACAUUGCUUCAAAUUUUCAUUUAGAAGGUAGCAAACCAAACAAAGUUUCACCAGAUGGACAAAACUUCCAAAACGAGAGUGCAAAUUUCCCUCAUUUACACAAAGAAAUGAUUGAGGAGAAAGAGCGCUUCUUCAACACUAUUAGCUAUCUCAGUAAGUCUUAG